AUGAUGUCAUCACAGACCGAUGAGGAUCCUUUCCUCCAGGUACAGGCAGACGUGCUUUCCGCCCUCAACACCGCGCGCCCGCUAUUCAAGUCGUAUCUGCGUAUUCGAUCCUCGGCAUCAUCGGCAAACAGUCCCGAGCUCCGUGAAGCUCGCAGCGAACUUGAACAGACACUCCAAGACCUCAGCCAGGAUCUCGAGGAUCUAGUGGAGAGCGUCAAGGCCGUGGAGCAUGACCCCUAUCGCUUCGGUCUUGAGAUUGACGAAGUCGAGCGCCGCAGAACACUAGUCAGGGAUGUCGGCUCCGAGAUUGAGCACAUGCGCGAGGAACUGCAGGAGACGGUCCAACACGCGAAGAACAAAGGCAAGAUCGCAGCCAAUGGCGAUGUUCUACCUGAUCCAGAUUCCUUCGAAGAUGACGACAACUACGCGGCAUUUGAGCAGGAAAGACAGAUGGAGAUGAUGCAUGAGCAGGACGAAGCCCUCGAUGGCGUCUUCCGCACCGUCGGCAACCUCCGCCAACAAGCCGACGACAUGGGCCGAGAGCUUGAAGAGCAGGGCGAACUACUUAGCGACGUCGACAAUGUGGCAGACAGGGUGGGUGGCAAGCUGCAGACAGGCCUCAAGAAGGUUGGCUGGGUCAUCAAGCAGAACGAAGACACAUGGUCCAGUUGCUGCAUCGGCGUGCUUAUAUUCGUCCUCAUUCUCCUCCUCGUGCUGCUCUUGUUCCUAUGA